CCAGCAGCAGCCGCAGCCGUCCGGAGACCACACGGGACGCCAUGGCAACCACGAGUACCUCGAGAGCGCGGAGUCCCCUGAGACAGACGCAAGUGUUUGCUCUGCUAGCGCUCUUGGCGUCGGCUGCUCUGGCUGCGGAUGUCGAGCGACUCACUGAGGGCGUGGCAGGAGGAGACGAGGCGUCGGCCGCCGUGGUGGGGGCGGCGGCCCCUGAGGGCAAGGGCAAGCGGCAGGCCGUCUACGGAGGACCCUUCUCCUCUCUGCUGUCGUCAGCCUACCAGCUGCCGGCCGCGACAUCUGGCGGGUCCGGCGCCGUGCUGCUCUCGUCUGGCACUCAGCAGGCGCCCGCCUACCAGCCACUGGCGGGCCUCGGGCUGCCCCUGGGCUACGGCAGCGCCUCCGCGGCCUACGCGCCUUCCCUGCUGCGCUCCGGCCUGCUGACGGCCGCCUCCAACCACUCUUACGCCGGCUCGCCGCUGGCGGCGCUGCUGUCGGCCGGCUUCCCCGCGGCUCAGUACUCGGCCCAGCACAACUUCACGCUGCCCGUGGCGGCCAACCUGCUGGCGCAGAGCCCCUCCUACUUCCCCGGCGGCGGCCUCUACGCCUCGGCCGCGCCCGCUGCCGCCGACUACCCGCAAAACUUCACCUUCGGCCAGCCCGCCGCCAGCAGCCUCUUCGCGCAGAACUCUGCCGCCUACCCCAGCUUCUACCCGGCGCCGUCGGGCUUCAGGCAGAAUUUCAAUGCGGGGCUCUUCGGGGCGGCGACGACCUCGACGGCGUUCCCGGGCAGCGUGGUGGCGCAGGGCGGCGCCGCCCCCGGGGCGGCGGGCAGCCCCUUCACGUUCUUCUCGUACCCGGUGGCGGCCAAGUCGGGCCAGCAGUCGGUGGCCACGGUGGGCGUCAGCAACCAGCUGCUGUCCCCGCACCAGCCGCUCAGCCUGGACCAGGCCAGGCGGCGCUUCCCGCAGUACUUCACCGGCGUCGAGGAGCCGUACGCGCGCUUCCAGCAGCAGCUGCAGCAGAUGCAGCAGCUGCAGCAACAGCCCCAGCAGCCGCAGAGGCAGCCCCAGCAGCUGCAGCUGCAGCCGCCACUGCCGCCGCAGCUCCGCGGCCCUGCAGAGUCUCCGAAGCCACCGCAGGUGACGGAGUUCCCAGAGGAGCGACCGGCCAGUGGCUUCGCCAGGCCCCAUCCCGCCCCCGCCCCUGCCGCCGGCGACGCUAAUGACGAUGACGAUGACGGCAGCUACGACGAGCGGCCAGCCUACAAGUCCAGCGGAUACCACGGCGCCGCAGGGGUGGACCACCACAAGAUUCGGGCCGAGCAGGAGUCUGAGGACGAGGACAGCUCAGAGAGGCACCCCAACAGCUACCAGAAGAUCAUCUACCACGGCAAGCCCUACCACGGCGAGGAGGAGUCUGGCAAGUCGUCCUACCCCGGGUACUACCCCAAGGCCGCCCACCACAAGAAGCACUACGCAGGCGAAGGCGAGGAUGAAGAUUCCAGGAGGCCGCAGGAGAGCAGCGGCGAAGACGACGACGAGGACGAGGACCGCCGGCCGGCGUACAGCUCGUCCUACCAGAGGUUUCCCUCGCCGGAGCUGGACUCGCACUUCAACAGGGCGGCAGCGGCGUCGCAGAGUUCGAACCCCGGCGGGCCCCGGCCGGCGGCCCAGACGCUGCACACGUACCGCUUCAAGGUUCCGGACUAUGCGACGGAGACCUACUCGCCGGUGACCGGGCGGCCCUCGAGGACGAAGAGCGGCGCCCAGCGGCGACCGCACCAGGAUGACGAGGAGAGCGACGGCGGCGACUCGGCGGCCCACUACUCCAGCCCCAGGAUUCGUGUCCACAAGACGGCCUGGUCCUACACCCGCUCCCUCUCCUCCAGGCGGUGAUCCUCCACCGCGCGCUCGCCAUCUCUAGUGCCCCCCUGGCACUGCACUGAACAUAGCCCGAGCUCACCUCUCGACCUCACUCCGUGUCCAUUUGGGAAACUGUCCAAGAACAAAUACUAUUUUAGAUACAUACUGCUACACAGCCAUCCCCAUCAUCAUUAAUAAUCAGCCAGAGGGUUCCUUGGUAGCAGUUAUCGAUCCUCCUGAUUUCUAUUAAUCCGUUCACAGCAUCAUAUCGUGUUUCUCCUAUACUCUGCUCCGUACACCACAACUCUGACCUUCCAUUCGCUCUGCGCACGCUCACACGUCCCCCUGUUAUGGUGAUUAGCAUUCACCAUAUCUCAGAAUAUGCCUGCACAACAGUGUUCGUCUAGUCCAGGGGUCUGCAAACUACGGCCCGCGGGCCGAAACCGGCCCGCGUUAGCUGGCCGGACAUCCCUGGUAUCCGGUCCGCCAAAUUUUUGAGGUGGUGCCUAUACUGCCAACAAUUGAGUUUCGAGGCCUAUCGUGACAUUGUCGUAGCUCUAUCUUUCAAAGCGGAAGGUCAUGGUUGAACUUGGGGCUAUCCAGAAUAAACAGACAGACCAUUCUCCGUGCGAUAGUUAAAAAAAAAAUAAAAAAAUAAAUAAAAAUAAAAGGUUAACAGACUAGUUUGGCGAAAACAUUUUAGGUAAAAAAAACUCUUUGCAUUUUAUUCUACUCACGAGUCUGGGGCAAGUCUUUCAAAUGGACUCCACUUUGGCGACUAGCCUUAGUAAUCAGUCAUUACGGAAGAUGAUGCUUCUUAAGCGAGGUUUCAGUUUGUUUACGUAUUUCGAUUUUCAGAUUUUCCUUGUCUCUUCGAAUUCAAACUUUGAAUUGUCCCACACCUACUAGUACAGCGCAUAAAACACACACAAAAAAAACUUGUGAGACACUCGCAAAAUAGACACAAUUACGCAACAGAACUAUCAGAUAUGUGCUCUGGCUCUGCUACACGCUACAAGACUACGUAACUAAACUUAUUGUUGCGCCGCUUGAAAUAACAAUGCGUAGACAUACUCUACCUCUGUUACGUCUUGUAGUAAUAGUGUUGCUAACAAUGAUUUUGAGAUUUCGUUAACUUUGCAGGACGCUUUCGUGAAGAAUGUGCAGUAACAUACUUUUUUUGUCGGUGAAAUUCGCCAGAAUAAAAUAUCCCAGAAAUUCGGUCAGGUACAUCCACCAAUCAAAAUUAUGUAAUUAAAUAAAAAUCGUUGUUCGUUUCCCACAACCUUAGACUUUUCCGAUUUCAUCUUUCCUUUAGCCUUACAUUACGGUGAUCAUGGAGUGCUAGUGUUCUUUAAUCCAACUAGGUAGACCUUGGCCCUUAUGACUUCGUGGAGGAAUCAUGUGGCCCGCAGACUAAAACGUCUGGAGACCCCUGGUCUAGUCACAUCUUUCCAAAGACUUACCCUCUCCUCCGCUCUUAGAAGUAACUCCCCAUUUAUCUUGCCAGUCUAUUUGAUCCCAACCAUGCGGCUGUGGCUUCAUAUCUCAAACGAAUUCAACGUCGUCUGCCCUACGACUUGUGAUGUCCAGUUAAAGUCUUACAGAGUAACAUUGUUUUCUCCCCAGUACGAUUCAGUACCUCCUCACCGAAUAUCUGGUCUACUCUUCUAAUCUUUACAAUUUCAAAAGCCUUCUAUUCUCGUCUUGUUCGAACUGUUUAUUGUCCACGUUCCACUUCUUAAUAAAACUUUCUGUAAACGCUUCCUAACACUGCCAUCUAUGUUAAAAUACAUCUCUUCAUGAGAGCCAUCGUUUGUUAUUUUACUAUCCAAACACCAAAACUCGUGUUCUGCUUUCACUGUCAUCGUUUCCUGAUCGAAUACUCUCAGUUUGACUGCACUUCAUUAUCCUUCCUUUCCUUUUGUUGGUGUUCAUCUUAAAACCUCACUUCAAGACGCUACUCAUUUCAUUCACCUUGACUUCUAGGUGUUUCACCGCGUCUAACAGAAGUGCAGUGCCCCUUAAAACUUACUUUAUGCCUGAAACAUUUACACUCUAACAAUUUUCAUACUUCUGUGUAUAAGUACAGAGGUGUCACUUCCGUUAGGGGCAUUUUUUUUAUUUCUUCUUCGCAAGAUUUCUUUGGGAUACGUCUCACUACUUUAUUUGCACUACAGCAGUAAUUAACAUAUGAAUGUUAUCUGACUGCUGCUUCUUGUGUGCAGUUUCAGUACAGAGCUUCAAGGUACAGUCACGUUGUGGAACAUUCAUUAUGGACCUCGCUCAAUCGCUGAAUUACACAAUUUUACAAUAAACCUUGGUGGUGAUCACAUCACUGAAACAACAUUUCAUCGCAGACUUCACUCAUACUUCACUGUAUAAAUUGUACGCCAUCUGCUCAGGAUUAAUUCCAAUGUUUAUCAUUUUGUGUAU